AAACUGUCACGAUAGAUUCCAGCCGAAUUUACCGAAAGGCGAAUAAUUAUUUGUAAAAUAAACGAUAAUUAGUGUUUUUUCAGUUUUAUCUAAAAUUCACAUUCAAAAUGUUGAUCAAAGUCAAGACGCUUACAGGAAAAGAAAUUGAGAUUGAUAUCGAGCCUACAGAUAAAGUAGAGAGGAUUAAAGAGAGAGUAGAAGAGAAAGAAGGAAUUCCUCCACAGCAACAACGUCUUAUAUUUUCAGGAAAGCAAAUGAAUGAUGAAAAGACAGCACAAGACUACAAAGUGCAGGGUGGCUCCGUCCUUCACUUGGUGUUAGCGCUGAGAGGGGGCGAGUGAUCUCUUGUGAUAAGUGGCUCUUAUAUUUAUAAUUUAAUUAUACCUCUCAUUUCUUGUAUAAAGUCAACAUGAUAAUGUGAA